AUUUAUAGUGUGAAUUAUUAUGACCUAUAUGCACUAUCACAAAAAGAAAACAUUUUUUCAUCCUUCGUCAUUUACUGAUAAGGAUUUGAUGAGUUAUAAGUGGAAUUUUUAGAUAAAAAAUUUGAUUUGUUCAGGGUUAGCGCAUUAAUAUUUUUUUAAAGACCAGCUUAUAGGAAGUGUGGAUUUCAAAAUCGUGAUGGAGAGGAAUAGAUAUUUAUUAGGGUAUUUCGUAUACAGUACCUUGGUCAUGUUAUCAAAAUCAUGUCAAACAACACCUCAUAAAGAUCAAUGUGGAAACAUGGGAAUCCUAUGGAACUGUAGUGGUCUUAAUAUAGACAGACUACCAAAUGAAAUACCCAGUCAAUUACAUGGCCGCAAUGUCACCUUGGAUUUGUCCUUCAAUAGAUUUUCUACACUAAACAAUGCUACAUUUGAAAAUUUGACAGAUGUGUCGGUUGUGACAUCCAUGAUUCUCAAUCACAAUUACAUUACAAAGAUAGAAAACGAAACCUUUUAUGAAUUUACAGACUUGUGUAGUUUGGACAUUUCAUAUUGUCACCUUACGAACAAUUGCAUAGAAGCAGGUGCCUUCUCUCGAUUAUCAAUCAAGUACCUAAACAUUGAUCAUAAUAAUUUUAAAAAUGAACACAUGUACCCGGAUGUUGCACUUUCUGCACUUCAGUCUUUGCGUAGCCUGGAUAUAGACAUUUUUGAAAAUUUUGAAUUUACAACACCAUUUGAAAACCUAACAAAUUUGUCUGACAUAAAGUUUAAUAUUCAAAGUGAUUUCACUUUAUCAAAUACAUCAUUUUUAGGACUCAAAAGCUCUAAAAUCCGACAACUUAAUCUCAAUUUUGCAAAUUAUGUGUAUUGUGACGUUACCGAAGAUCUGUUUUGUUCCUUUCCCUUUCUUACAGAUGUUUUCAUUAAUUUCGGCGGGAAAUGUGACGUGACUUCAGCAUUACGCUCUCUUAAAUGUCUUCAACAUCGAAAUAUAAAUAACAUUACACUUUAUAAAAACAAGAAGAAAAUUGAAACAAGUGUGAUUAUUCUAAAUGAUACUUUACUUGAGAACGUUGUCAAUAUCUGCAUUCGAAAAUUGUUUUUGAUUGAAAACAGCAUUGCAUCUAUAACAAAGAAUAUUCAUAACACAACAUUAUGGAACUGUUUAGAGGAAUUGGAUCUAAGCAAAAACGAUUUGCAUGUUAUGGAUUUUUCAGUAGCUGAAACCUGGUUCUCUGCACCUAAAUUGAAAUAUCUGAAUUAUUGCUGCAACGAUCCGUAUUGUCCAAAGAACAGCAUUGCUGAUGAUGAAGUACAAUACACAUAUCGAGGUGGUGUAUAUAUCACUCUAACUUUACCAGAGACACUAGAGGUACUUGAUAUCUCAAACAAUCGCUUACACAACGUGGAAGAAAAAAAUCGUUAUAAAAUUGUUGGCGAAAGUUUGAGGAUAUUUAACAUCCGGGCAACUAAUUUUCCACUGGGAAACGUCUAUCAAUUCGAUUUUCCGUCGUUAAAGACUCUUGAUCUAUCAGGUAAUAAAUUUGUUGAUGUUCACGCCGAUUUAUUCCAGUCUUCUUUAGGUAUUCAAAAUUUAUCUCUCAACGAUGUUGACUUCAAGUUUUCUACUCUAAAUUCUGAAAAUAUAUUCAGGAAUAUGAAAAAUCUCUCUCACCUAUAUUUUUCAGAAAACAAUUUGAAUUUACUUCCAACAACUUUUUUCAUUGACCAGAAAGAAUCUUUGAAAGAAAUAAAUCUUGAUCACAACCGAUUUUUUAAUAUUCCGGACUCAUUAAUGUAUUUGCAAAAUUUGAAAAAGAUAUCUUUACGAAACAAUUUGAUAUCUGAGUUUUCUAAAAAUGAUCAAAAAAUUUUUGAAACUCUAAACAAUGUAUCACUCUAUUUGGAAGGGAAUCCAAUUUCUUGUAUUUGUUCAAGUUUGAAAUCUCUAAUCUGGAUCAAAAAUAACAAGCAUCUCUUUGCUGAUUUGAGUAGAAUCUCAUGUGCAGGAAGUAGAAAUUUAAUUACUCACUUACUUAAUAAUGAUCAAAUCUGGAGAAAAUAUCAACUAGAAUGUCAAACAGAAACCUGGCUCAUCGUCUCUGUGGUAUUUAUCGUGUUGACGUCAACUAUACUUCUGAUAUCCUUUACUGUGCAGAAAUACCUAGUACAUGUCGAAUAUGUCAUAUUAAGACUUAAAAAUAGAUGCAAAGAUGUGCGUCUCGGAUUCAGAAAAAAUAAUUAUAUCUAUGACGUUUUUGUGUCGUAUGGUGAGGAAGACUAUGCCUGGAUUAUUCGUUAUCUUCAUCCAAAAUUAGAAAGCUUAAAUAUAAAGGUGUGGCUUAAGGACAAAGAUUCUAUUCCAGGAGAAUGGGAGGCAGAAGAAAUAGUUAAAUGUAUAAAUGAAAGUCGAAAAGUGUUGUUUGUGAUCACUGAAUGUUUUCUGGAGAGUGGUUGGGCCUCCUACGCUGUCCAGAUGGCGGUUACUCACGCCUUCCAUAACCAGCGUCAGAGUUCCAUUGUUGUCAUCAUCAAAGACGAUAUACCAUUAGAGAGACUCCCAAACGAUAUCAAAAAUAUAUGGUGGUGCAUUGAAUAUUUAAGGUGGUCCAUAGAAGAUGAAAAUAAUGAUUCGAUAAUGUUUAAGUUAUCAAGUUUGCUAAAACCUGUUGCUGCAUAA